AUGUUCUUGCGCCGGCGCCUGGGCAUGGGCUACCGCCUCGUGCUCGACGGGGAAUCGUCUACUUCGGGUACAGAGCGCGGAACACAAAAACCUCAACAUGUGACGCAAGCACAAAUUGACUCAAGAUCGACAGAUUCGGCUACAUCCACCGUUGGUGAUAAAGCUGAAUCCACUGGGAAAACAGGAACAACGUUUUUAAGGCCACCAGAUCCUUCCAAAUUUCGUGAAAAUCAAAGAGCCUCCUUGAAAACUGGUCUCCCUGCGAUUUGGGGGCGGACGUCAAUCCUACAACUUUACCUAAGGCAGCUGCGAGCCCUGCUGUUGAAGCGCUUUCACCACACGCGCCGCAGCCCCAAAGUCCUCUUCAGCCAGGUGAACUCGCAGAGCGCUGGAAUUGUUGAC